AACUUCUCUACUAUUCCCCUAGGGUAGCAGUCCACCUUUAUUGAUGUAUUUAUUUUGAUAUGAACUGUUUUACAGUCUCGUUAUUCUUAAUAUUUUGGGGUUCAAUUACAAGCCCGUUUUAUGAAAAAAUAUAAUUUUUAUUUCUACUAUGGUAUAAACAUGACAUAGUGGAAAUUUUAAUAACGUUAAGGUUUUCAAAAGCAGCUUCAUACAAAAAACACUAAGUGUGAGCACCCUCCUAACCGAGAGGGGGCAGACGUUUCGUUUGAGAAGACGGAAAUGAAUCCAGCAGAAACGGAAGUUAGUUAAGUGACAACAAUCUGAAUUUACAACUUCAGCGAAACUUCGCAGUGUUCUGAUACUCUAGUUUUUGUGGAAUUUAUAUAUAACAUUUGGCCGCUUUAGAAGUUAUUGGUGCAUUAUGGAGGAAGUUAUCUCCCAUCCGCCGUGGGAGCGGUGUGUUUUUGCCCUCAAAGUCGGUGGCUAGUUAAACUGUUUGUGGAAGCUAAGUUGGCUAACGUUAUCUGUCAGCUGACUCGUUUGACAGCAAACCUUCUCCUAAUAUGCUCCGACGUUACUCGGUGCUGGCUUUAAACAGGCUUGUUGAUGUAACCACGCUGUGUGUUAGCUGGCGUUGACUCGUCCAGGUGUUUAAUUAGCAGCGCUGAUAAGGUGACCAUAGAUCUUGGCUCGCAAUGUUCCUGCAGCUGCUUCCACCUUUCAACUAGCUGCCUCCCCUCCUCUGCUUUUCUCUCCUCCGUCGCCCUCCGAUGGCUCACUGCGUCCCGUCCGAGCCAACCUCCAAGGUUCAGGCUCCAGAAAGUAUCCCGUCCCAGGUCAGCGUGGACCAGAGCAUGAGGCCGGUGCUGUUUGAGAUUUUCGGCGAGAUCUGGACCGUUCAGUCCCGGCUCGGUCAAGGAGUGUCGGCCUCGGUUUACCAAGUCAGCUCCGGCAGAGCUGCCACGGCCGCAGUGAAGGAGUUCCAGGGCGACUCACAGGGAGGGGACUACGGCUAUCACAAAGAGAGGGCCGUGCUGGAGGACAUCCAGGGGCAUAAGAACAUCGUCACACUGUAUGGCGUGUUCACCAACCACAACUGUGUGGGGGUGGCUACGCGCUGCCUCCUGCUGGAGCUCCUGGAUGUCAGCGUAUCGGAGCUGCUGGUGAGGCGUAGCAAUGGUGUCAAGGGUGUAAGCAGACCCCAGAAGGGCCACUCCAUGUGGCUGGUGCAGCACUGUGCCAGAGACAUCCUGGAGGCUCUUGCCUUCCUUCACAGGGAAGGCUACGUCCACGCUGACCUCAAACCACGCAACAUCCUGUGGAGUGCCGAUGACGAGUGCUUCAAGCUCAUCGACUUCGGGCUGAGCUUCAAACAGGGAAACCAGGAUGUGAAGUACAUCCAGACGGAUGGGUAUCGAGCCCCGGAAGCCGAGCUCCAGAACAGCCUGGCCCAGGCUGGGAUGGAGGGAGACUCCGGCUGCACAGCCGCCAUCGACAUGUGGAGCCUUGGCGUCAUCCUGCUGGAGAUGUUCUCAGGAAUUAAACUGAAAGACACCGUCCGCUCACAGGACUGGAAGGACAACAGCGUUGCCGUCGUCAACCGCAUCUUUGCCAGUAAUGGCGUGAUGUGCCCUGCCAUCCCAGUCUAUCACCUCAGAGACCUUAUUAAAAGCAUGCUGCUCAACAACCCAAAGCAGAGAUGCACAGCUGAAGCUGCCCUGCUCAACCCGUUCUUCAGUAUUCCCUUCGCCCCUCACAUAGAGGAUCUGGUUCUACUGCCUUCUCCUGUUCUGCGUCUGCUUAACCUGAUUGACGACAGCCACCUGCACAAUGACGAAGAGUAUGAAGACAUACUGGAGGACAUGAAAGAGGAGUGCCAGAAGUACGGCUCAGUGGUUUCUCUGCUCAUUCCUAAGGAGAAUCCUGGAAAAGGGCAGGUGUUUGUGGAGUACGCCAACUCUAGCGACUCCAAAGAAGCCCAGCGGCUGCUGACCGGCCGAACCUUCGACGGGAGGUUUGUAGUGGCCACCUUCUACCCGCUGAGCGCCUACAAGAGAGGUUACCUGUACCAGACGGUGCAGUGAGGAUCAGUCUGCUCCUCCGUCCGCCUCAUUUAAAGAACAGUGCUGUGUUUUGGCCUGCAUCCCGUAUACUGAUACUUUCAACACCUGGAUGCAGACAUUAGAUUAUCAAGCUUCUCCUGUAGGGGAAUUGCUAUAUUAAUUCUACUCUUAAGAAAAUAAGUUAAAGUUGGAGUCCUUCUGACAAUACAUUUACAUUUCUAAUAUGAGUUUACAAUCAUCUUUAUGCAGCAACUGGAAGCAAAAAUCAAGACUUUGUUCCCGUUUAACACCGCUGCGAUGCUUAUAGGCUUAAUCUGCAUGUCUUGGUCAUUGCUGAAGUUUUACAAAGCGCACAAGAGAUGAGUUGUUUAAAAUGCAGCAACUGCUUUGCUGAAAGGCAUGUUGCUCAGCAAUGUUUCCAUGCAGAGCAGCAGCUGAAACUAGCUGUGAUGUUUGGUGUGCAGACACCCUCCCAGUGCUUCACUGUGAAAACAUCCGACUCGUCUGAUGACUCUGCUGGAACAUUAGCUGUCUGCUGCAGGAGAAGCUGUGCUUCGUUGCCUUUGAAUAGUGCAGUAUGAGUGGCUAAUGAAAACCCAUUUGACGUUGUGUGUCAGGGAUGUCAUUUGUUCUGUGUAUCAAGUGAUUUAGAUGUUUUAGAUCUUCAAACUACAUAAACCUAAAGAGAAGCUGAAGGUUCACUGUGGUGGAAGCUAACAUGUGGUACUGUUGUUACAGCAGUUUAUUUUUAUCUAUUUAUUUUGGGCUAUGUUAUGUAUUUUAAGGUGGAGGCAUGGUACUGAGGGAUAUACCGCCCCCCUGUGGCUGCUCUCCUGUCUGAGCACAUGCGGGGCUACAGGAAGUUGCCCUGUAGCUGUUGAUGAAAUAUUUCCUCUGACUGAGCUUCCAUCCAGGAAAACUUCAUGUUUUCACUGUAGCACUGAAAAUAUCACAAGAACUAUUUCACAUCCUCAAUCCAGAGUUCAUAAGGAUGUCGUUUGACUUCUCUACACUCAUGUACUGGAUAAGUGUAGAAAACUAUAUGGAAAAUAAUUUAGUUUUUUUCCUCCCAUCAAACUUUUUUUCUAGUGUCAUCCUUCCUGUCCUCUUCCUCUCUUGUUCUGGCUCUGAGCUAUGUCCUACUUUUUGACAUUGAUUCUUCCACUCUUUCUUUCUCAUUUCUUCUUUGUGUCCUUAUUUCCUUCCUUUUAUCCUGCCUUCAGUUCUUUCCUCCACUUAGGUUCUUGUUGCUGCAGUAGCAAUAUGAAAAACCUGCUCACUUUAUAAACAUCCAUCCAUUUUCCAUACGUGUGUGUUCCAGACAGCAGUGAGGGAAAGAAGGGCUAUGUCAUGGGCAGGCUUCCAGUUCAUACCUCAAAAAAAGAAAACUUUAAAUUUACAUUUUAAAAUGAGCACAAGGAACAAAGAAGUUUUGGAGUCUGAGAAUGUCUGUAAUGUUUACACAAAGAUCAGGUAGAAAACCCUGUAAAACAUUUAAGUUAGAAAUUAUGGUUUUCUUCUAGUUCAGAAAAUUUUCUGAGCAGAAGUAGAAAACGUCUCAUUAAGGCAACCGGCAUUGCUGCCAGUUGGAAACGAAGCGUUACUCCAGAUGCAGAUUUAAAGCGAACUCAGUCAGCCACAGCAGAGAACCACCUGUAGCUCUCUUCACAGACAUUGCUAUGUGACAUUGCUUUGGGAUGAUGGAGUUUUUCUUGUUGGCACCACUUUUUAUUUUCUUCACUUUGUGGCACCUUUAAAUGUUUCUACACAGGCUGCUGAAGUGACUGUGAGGAUAAAAAGAAAUGUUUGACAAUCUCCUGGUGUGUUUGGUUAGUCGGUGCAAGAAGCAGUGGGUUGAUUUUUAACCCAGCUUUGUAGCAGUGCUGUUCUGCAGAAAUAUGUGUUUGAAAUAUCAAUAGAAAGUUUAGAUUUUUUUUUUCAAGCUGUCAAAUAGAAAGUUUUUUUUUCUGUAUUUUCCAUCUUGACUGCUUCAAGCAGAUCACCCUGGAUGACAGAAAGCUGGAAAUUUUUCAAUGUUAUGGACUUACUGUUGUAGAAUGAGCAAUUAUGAAACUCCUGGUUCAUCUUCCAAUUUAUGACAAGAUGUAGAGGUUCAGUACCCAAAAAUUGUACUCAAGUAAAACAUAUCCAUCCAAGAAAUUACUCAACAUGAGUAAAAAGGUAUUUUGUUAAAAAGGCUGCUCAAGUACUCAGUAACUGAUGAGAACAUUCAUAUAUUUUUAAAUGACAUCAUCAAACAAACAAAACAAAGUCAUUUGCAUUUUUUAGCAUUUUGAAAAACCAAAAUGAAAAGAAUUGAUUCCAAUUAAUUACAUAAUUACAAAAUAACAAUUUAAGGAAGAACAAAUGCUUUUCCAAAUACCUUU